CCCUCGGCUUGGCAAUGCGUGCGAGCUGAGCGCAAAGACAAACCGAAACCUUUCUCUUUUCGCGACUGCAUUAGGAAGAGACGUUCGAACCGGCCGGAUUUUUACCUACAAUUAAAGAACCGGUAUUUAAAACAUCUUUUUGAAAAUGUACGACCGUUUGGAUCCCCGGGGUGACCGAGAAGGAUUUUCUCAAGACAAAAUGGGUUGUGCUGUCUGAGCGGUAGCCUGCGUUUCCCCCCCUUUGGUUAAGGUUUGCAAUGGAACUAGCUUUUUUGGCUUUUUGUAUUUGAAUCCUACUGCGCAACCCAGACGGAUCACGUGGGUCGCGCGGAGUUGAUCGAUUUACUCAAAUAUAUCAAAAGAUAAACGGAAAGGUUGUAAAAAAAAUAUUUUUUUUUGCCUGGGCGAUAGACGAUACUUGAAAUAAAAACAACGGCUGGGGUUAACCGCAAUAUUUUUUAUGCGUGUGUAAAAUGGAGACGCACAUUUCGUGUCUCUUCCCGGAAAUUUUAGCCAUGAUUUUCAGUUACUUGGAUGUGAGGGACAAAGGCAGAGUGGCCCAAGUGUGUACCGCUUGGAGGGACGCGUCUUACCACAAGUCGGUCUGGAGAGGGGUCGAAGCCAAGUUACAUUUGAGGAGGGCCAACCCGUCCCUGUUCCCUAGUCUCCAGGCCCGGGGAAUCCGGAGAGUGCAGAUUCUAAGCUUGAGGCGCAGCCUCAGCUACGUGAUACAGGGGAUGCCGAAUAUCGAGAGCCUAAACCUUAGCGGCUGCUAUAACUUAACGGAUAACGGCCUGGGGCACGCUUUCGUACAGGAAAUCCCUUCGCUGCGGGUCCUCAACCUCAGCCUGUGCAAGCAGAUCACCGACUCCAGCCUGGGCAGAAUCGCCCAGUACCUGAAAAACUUGGAGGUGCUGGAACUUGGCGGGUGCAGCAAUAUCACCAACACGGGUCUGUUACUCAUCGCGUGGGGCUUGCACAGGCUGAAGAGUCUCAACCUUCGCAGCUGCCGACAUGUGUCGGACGUUGGCAUCGGACACCUGGCCGGCAUGACCCGGAGCGCGGCCGAGGGUUGUCUCAACCUGGAGUACCUAACCUUACAAGACUGUCAAAAGUUGACGGACCUGUCCCUCAAGCACAUCUCAAAAGGCUUGACGAAGCUCAAAGUGCUCAACCUAAGUUUCUGCGGGGGGAUCUCGGACGCUGGUAUGAUUCAUUUGUCCCACAUGACCAGUCUGUGGAGCCUUAACCUUCGGUCGUGUGACAACAUCAGCGACACGGGCAUCAUGCAUCUGGCCAUGGGCACUCUGAGGUUGUCGGGACUGGACGUAUCGUUUUGCGACAAGAUUGGUGACCAAAGCCUGGCGUACAUAGCUCAGGGUCUCUACCAGUUGAAAUCGUUGUCUCUGUGCUCCUGUCACAUAAGUGACGAUGGCAUCAACAGGAUGGUGCGGCAGAUGCACGAGCUCAGAACCCUGAACAUUGGCCAGUGCGUGCGGAUUACAGACAAAGGACUCGAGCUCAUUGCAGACCACUUGACACAGUUGACUGGAAUCGAUCUGUAUGGAUGUACAAAAAUCACUAAACGGGGACUGGAGAGGAUAACACAGCUUCCUUGCCUUAAAGUUUUAAACCUGGGACUAUGGCAGAUGACCGAAAGUGAAAAAGUGAGGUGAAACUUGUGCGAUAUAGGGGGAGA